AUGGCACAAUCAGCAGCUAAUUUUUAUUACGAAGAUUUUGAUCCCUAUUUUAAAUGGUCUGAGGAGGAAGGAAAUGCCACCCUCGUUGUAAUGCUGCCAGGAUUCAAAAAGGAACAGUUGAGAGUUCAAGUGACUUCAACUCUUAUGCUAAGGAUCAAUGGUGAACGAGAGAUCAAUGAGAACAAGCGGCGUCGUUUUGCAAAGGAAUUCUCCAUCCCCUCGUAUUGUGACAGCAAUGAUGUGAGUGCUAAGCUUGAGGGUGGUGUUCUAUCCAUCAAGUUUCCCAAGCUGAUCACCCCUGCUACGGCACAACCACAGCCAGCUCCAAUGCCUCAGAAAGAGAAAGAACAACCUCAACAAGAUCAUGCAGAGUCACUGCAGAAAGACAAAGAACCAACUAGUGAUGAAAAAGACGAGUCUAAAGAGAAUGAACCAAUUAGUGAUGACAAAGAAAAGAGUGGGAAGAAAGAAAUGGCAGAAACAGCACAAGAGAAGCCAAAAAAAAUGACUCAGAGACUGAAAACAAGGGUUUUGGAUUUCACUGUGAGUUUAAGAUCAGUGGAAGACCGGGAUGUUAAGGAAGAGUGUGGUGGUAAGAAGUGUGCCAAAUUGAUUAAGAAGCCAAGUAUAUGGAUGAACAUUGUUGUGGUCAUCUUGUUGGUUAUGGUGUUAGGGUUGUAUGUGAAAAAUGCAUUCAGAUCAUCUCAGGGAAAACCAGAGUUUGAGAAAUUCAAGGAAUUUUAA